GAUCAUUCACCCGGGCCUUCAGCCAAACCAGCUGCAUAGCGAGACAGUUCUGAGACAUGGGCAGAAAAUGAUGCACUUCAACAACACUUUAUCUGCAAAACUUCAUAAACUAUAUAUUUAACGCUUACUCCAAACAGACAGUCCUAAUUUGCAGGAGAAUUGCAAAGCUGUAUUUACCGUGUAAACUCAUUCAUGCUGAGUUACCAAACGUCCUUCAUGGGUCUGAUGUGUCACCAAAACCUGAACAUCCAGUUUCUCAGUGGCACAUCUACAGUCGGACCAGCAUAAGAGCUCAGUGCUGGUGGACACAUCAAAUCUUUACAUUCAGGACUGUAACUGCUGUGAGACACACAAGGGGAACAGAAGAUGGCUCAUUAUAAUCCACCAUUAUCUUCACCAUCAGACGAGGUCAAUCUGGGUGUGUCUGUCAAUCCUCAUGCCAAACCCACUGACUUUGACUUCCUGGCUGUGAUUGGUAAAGGAACAUUUGGGAAGGUGCUCUUAGCAAAACUGAAAGCAGAUGGAAAGUUCUAUGCAGUGAAAGUUUUGCAAAAGAAGGUUAUAUUGAAGAAAAAAGAGCAAAAGAAUAUAAUGGCAGAGAGGAAUGUGCUACUCAAGAGUCUGAAACACCCUUUUCUGGUCGGGCUGCACUACUCCUUUCAGACCUCUGAGAAGCUUUAUUUUGUCCUGGAUUAUGUCAAUGGUGGAGAGCUGUUUUAUCACCUGCAAAGAGAGCGAUGUUUCUCAGAGGCACGAGCUCGCUUCUACACAGCUGAGGUGGCCAGUGCCAUUGGCUACCUUCACUCUCUCAAUAUAGUUUACAGAGAUCUCAAGCCAGAAAACAUUCUAUUAGACUACCAGGGCCAUGUGGUGUUAACAGAUUUUGGCUUGUGUAAAGAGGGAAUAGAACCAGAAGGAACCACCACAACCUUUUGCGGCACUCCAGAGUAUCUGGCACCUGAGGUCCUACGAAAAGAGCCCUAUGACCGCACGGUGGACUGGUGGUGUCUUGGAGCUGUGCUCUAUGAGAUGCUUUACAGCUUACCUCCAUUCUACAGCCGGGAUGUAUCUGAGAUGUACGAUGCAAUCUUGCAUAAACCACUUCACCUGCCACCUGGAAAGUCUGAGGCCACCUGUCACCUGCUCUACGGACUCCUACAGAAAGAUCAGCGUCGACGAAUUGGAGCUAUUGCUGAUUUUUUGGAGAUUAAAAAUCAUGUGUUCUUUGCCCCCAUAAACUGGGAUGACCUCUACCACAAGCGAAUAACGCCUCCAUAUAACCCCAAUGUGAGAGGCCCUGCAGACCUUCAGCAUAUUGACCCAGAGUUCACCAGAGAGAUGGUGCCCAACUCUGUGGGCCGCACGCCAGAGCCCACGCCUAGCCUGGCCACCAGCAGCUCCAAUGCCUUCAAUGGCUUCUCAUAUAUCUCUGGAGAAGAUGGCUUCCUCUGAGGCAUGCUGAUGGAUUAAGGCUUUACUCACCUUCAGGUCAGUGAGAGCGCAAGGCAUUUCUGGACAAUGGAAAAACACUGGACUGUAAUCAGGGUAAAAGCUGCAAAGCAGGAAACGCAGCUGUUGGAUGAUGAGUUUUGCUCAUUUUGCAUUUAUAAUAAAAAUGGAAUAUUUCAUCAGUAUGCAUUGCACUCAUGUUCGUUGUGUAAGGACAUUGCAGGAGAUGUUGAUUGCACCACUAGAAAAGCAGCUAGUUGCAAAAUCUGUAAAAGUCUAGAUUUCUGAUCUUGCUCGUCUCUUAGGGAUUGUGGAUCUUUGGCAACAUCCUCGUCUAAUAUUCUUUAUCUGAUAACUGAAACGAGCAUGGAAAAAAAUGCUUUGCUUUGUAACAUUUUGUGCAAACAUUCCUGUAUUGCAAUGUUCUUCUGCUGUUAUUAAAAAUGUCACAUAAUCAAAUCUAUAUUAUGUAUGAUCCAUAAAUGUGAACAUUAUGUGACUGUGCUUUAUGAAAUCAUGUAUUAAUGCUUAACAUGUCUUGAGAAAUGUAACACCACUGACAAAUAUACAGGAUAUAUUUUUUCUCAUUGUGGCUAUACAGAUAUACUGCUAAUAUUGUUACAUGUUUUUGUUUAAAGUUUAAUAAAAUCUUUUCUAAAGGUUCCCUUAA